GACACGGCAGGGAUAAGCGCAGGACCCGCCGGCCACCAUGUCGGGGGACUACGAGGAUGACCUGUGCCGGAGGGCCAUCAUCCUGGUCUCGGAACUCUGCACACGGGUCCGAGAUGCCGACACCAGUGACAGGUGCCAGGAGUUCGACAACCUGCGAAUCCGAGGCUACCCCCGGGGUCCAGAUGCAGACAUCUCCGUGAGCCUGCUGUCGGUCAUCGUCACCUUCUGCGGCAUCGUCCUCCUGGGCGUCUCCCUCUUCGUGUCUUGGAAGCUGUGCUGGGUGCCCUGGCGCGACAAGGGCGGCUCGGCAGUGGGCGGCGGCCCCCUGCGCAAGGACCUCGGCCCCGGGGUGGGGCUGGCCGGCCUGGUCGGCGGCGGCGGGCACCACCUGGGGGCCGGCCUGGGCGGCCACCCCCUGCUGGGCCCGCACCACCAUGCCCACGCGGGCCACCACCCGCCCUUCGCCGAGCUGCUGGAGCCGGGCAGCCUGGGGGGCGCCGACCCCCCUGAGCCCUCCUACUUGGACAUGGACUCCUAUCCCGAGGCCGCUGCGGCCGCCGUGGCCGCGGGGGUCAAGCCCAGCCAGACGUCUCCCGAGCUGCCUUCUGAGGGAGGCGCGGGCUCCGGGCUGCUGCUGCUGCCCCCCAGCGGCGGGGGCUUGCCCAGCGCCCAGUCGCACCAGCAGGUCACCAGCCUCGCACCCACCACCAGGUACCCGGCCCUGCCCCGGCCGCUCACGCAGCAGACCCUGACCUCUCAGCCCGACUCAGGCUCGGAGGAGCGGCCGCCCGCGCUGCCUUUGCCCCUGCCGGGCGGGGAGGAAAAGGCCAAGCUCAUCGGGCAGAUCAAGCCCGAGCUGUACCAGGGGACCGGCCGGCGCGGCGGGGAGGCGGGGGCCGGGCCCCCCGCGGGCCGCAUCAGCUUCGCGCUGCGGUACCUCUACGGCUCGGACCAGCUGGUGGUGCGGAUCCUGCAGGCCCUGGACCUGCCGGCCAAAGACUCCAACGGCUUCUCAGACCCCUACGUCAAGAUCUACCUGCUGCCCGACCGCAAGAAGAAGUUUCAGACCAAGGUGCACAGAAAGACCCUGAACCCCGUCUUCAACGAGACCUUUCAGUUCUCAGUGCCCCUGGCCGAGCUGGCGCAGCGCAAACUGCACUUUAGUGUCUAUGACUUUGACCGCUUCUCGCGGCACGACCUCAUCGGCCAGGUGGUGCUGGACAACCUCCUGGAGCUGGCCGAGCAGCCCCCCGACCGCCCGCUGUGGAGGGACAUCGUGGAGGGCGGCUCGGAAAAGGCAGAUCUUGGGGAGCUCAACUUCUCACUCUGCUACCUCCCCACGGCCGGGCGCCUCACCGUGACCAUCAUCAAAGCCUCUAACCUCAAAGCGAUGGACCUCACUGGCUUCUCGGACCCCUACGUGAAGGCCUCUCUGAUCAGCGAGGGGCGGCGUCUGAAGAAGCGAAAAACCUCCAUCAAGAAGAACACACUGAACCCCACGUACAACGAGGCGCUCGUGUUCGAUGUGGCCCCCGAGAGCGUGGAGAACGUGGGGCUCAGCAUCGCCGUGGUAGAUUAUGACUGCAUUGGGCACAACGAGGUGAUCGGCGUGUGCCGCGUGGGCCCCGAAGCCGCUGACCCCCACGGCCGCGAGCACUGGGCUGAGAUGCUGGCCAACCCCCGCAAGCCGGUGGAGCACUGGCAUCAGCUGGUGGAGGAAAAGACUUUGACCAGCUUCACAAAAGGCAGCAAAGGAUUGUCAGAGAAGGAGAACUCAGAGUGAGGGGUCUGGCCUAGGCCCGGAUCGGACCAGGCCCCCUCAGGACCCCAUCCCUUCCUGCCCGGACCGUGAAUUCAUCUCCUCGAAGCCAUAAUGUCUGAGCUGUGUGAUGCGGGGCAGCCCCGGGCCUGCCCAUCCUUCCACCUCUGAUGGCGUGAAGGUGGAGGAAGGCGGGCCCGGCUCUGUGUUUCAGGGUGGGGGGCUUCAGUCUCCACUGUGUCUGUCUCCCCUUCUCUGGGGCUCCCCUUCCAGGCGAGGGGCUGUGCAUGUCUGGGGGACACCUGGCCCCCCAGAUCCUUUGUCUCUGUCUUUGCUGUUUGUCCAAGACUUGGUGUCCUGACCCCUGUUCUCUCUCUGAAUGUCAACGACCAGUCCUCUGUGUUCCCCCAGACACCCCCACACACCCGUGUCUACCCCUUCUGUUCACCACAUCCUGCGUCUGGCCGAUCCCCCCACUGCUGCUGCUAUCAAUGCCAGAAUAAACACACACCGUGGGUCUCACUCCA